GGUACUGUCGCACUUGUAGGAUCUGGGUACAAUCUGAGGUCAGACGAGGCUUGGGUUACUGUAGCGCAUAGUGAGUCACGAGUCGCUAUCUCCACUACAUUUGACUAAUCUCGGGAGACAAGCAAGAUUGCUGUAUUUGAAUUUGACCGAGAAUGCAAAUACGUAUGCUACAUACUAGCGAACGACGCGCGCGUAGCCGCCGCAGGGAUGGUUCGAGUUUCCAAGUUCGCGUUCGGGGUGCGCGUAGACGCUCUAAAAGACGCCGGUUCACGUGUGCAUAGAGGCGGAUCAGGUGAGGCGCGUUGUUUGGCCGUAUAUACGCGUCGGGUGGCAGGUACGCGGUUCGAGGUUGGACCGCGUUCGAACCGUGUGUCCGACCUCAUCCUGCGCAUGGGGUUACUCUCAUAGCCCCCAUAACCUCAGCGCACCGUCCACUCUUCCCCUCCCGUCUUCAAUAUGUCUGUCCCGCUCUCCCCAACGAUCUCCGCUUCGUCCUCAGACUCGCCCAAGCUGGACCCGACCCGCCUGGCAUGCGGUCCCCUGUCCACGCGUAGACGCCUCGCACCUUCCCAGACAAACGCACUGGUGUCUGUGUUUGAGGUGAAGACUCACCCGUCGAGAGAGGAGCGUGCUCUUCUCGCUGCAGAGCUUGGAAUGGAAUUGAAGGCCGUCAACGCAUGGUUCCAGAACAAGCGCCGCACCUUGAAGAGGACAUGGUCUGCUUCAUCUGGAUGGUCCAAAGGUUCGCUGCCAGAGAACAAGCACGUCCGCCCGCCGGAUGGCCCCAAAGCGCUGCCGCGCUCGGACUCGGUCGUUUCCCUAGACCGCGUCGCGUCGUCACGCGAGCUGCCCUACAAGGCCAAGGGAUUGCCCUGCUCGCGCUUACCGCCUCGCGUCCCCGUCACUCCGAGACGUCGGGCAGCAACAGCGGAGAGGUCAAAGGAUAUAUGGGAGCUUCUUCCCUCCUCGCCUCCCACACGGCCGUCGUCCCCCUCCCUCGGUGAGCCUCUCCUCGCUCUGGAGCCGUGCACGAAAAGACUCCGGACGCUGGAGUGGGCGUGUGCAAAAGCGCGCGCGGGCCGCAAGGCGAGCAUUCGCCGGGCGAGGCUCGCUGCCAAGCCGGCUGCAUCGGAGGACGAGGACAGUGACGUGCCCAUGCUCGUCCUAGACGCUACCCCCCGCAAAAACUCGAGCGUAGGCGACGACGACACGGAGACGGAGGAUGAUGAGGCGAUCACACCGAACGUCAGCACCGAGCUCCUCCCACCUUUCGUUCUGCCUGCGGAAGCAGAGGAGCUUGAUGCCGGUGUGCCGGAACCGCCUGUAAAGGACGAGGACAUGGACAUGGAGGCGGCAAUCGCUCUGCUAGGCUUCAUGGCGCCCGAUCCUGCAGCCUAGAUGCGGAGCGCUGUGUGUUUGACGACGGUGCACGGAGGAACUCUGACCGUAUGCGCGUGUAGGAACAUUCUUAGGACAGGAACCAUGGCUAUGGAGGUACUUUGCAUCAAGAUCGUGUACGUUAUGCAGCUGUAUUUUUGGGCCUUGCACGCAUACGCCUGCGUGUUCGUGCUGGGGUUCCAACAUUAGAAACGACUUCUAUGACCGCACGACUGUUUACGAUGACACUUAUCCUUCUGUAGAUACACCACCACCCGCGCAAUGUUGUUUGUUACCGUUGCAUACCUCCAGCACUUUAUACCUUGCAAUUUCU